CCAGGUGCGUUCAGGGGCGAGUCACUCCCCACUUUUUCCACACAGACCGAAGUGAAGUUUCACGUCGACACAGAGGUUUUUUUUACCGCAACUUUUCUCUUAUUGACUCCAUGAGUCCAGUCUGCAAACUUGUAUGAAGGGACCGUGACAGAGGAAAGUCAGUAUAAAUGUUGUUGGACCAUAUGUUUCGGAUAUUAUGGCCUCUGCUUCUCUUGGUGACAGGGGUACGACAUGUGAGUGGAAUAGAUAUUUACACUCCAAAUGAAAUGGAAGCAGUGAAUGGCACAAAUGUGAAACUGAAGUGCACCUUCAGCUCCAGUCACCCAGUGACGCCCCAGUCAGUCAUCGUGUCUUGGAACUUCCGCCCCAUCAACUCAGGAGCAGAUGAGUCGGUGUUUUACUACCAGGAGGUACCAUACCCUCCCCAGCAUGGGCGUUUCAAAGGCCAUGCUGUGUGGUCAGGUGAUAUAAUGAGAAAGGACGCCUCCAUCACCCUGCAUGAGGUGCCUCCAACCUUUAACGGUACAUUCAUCUGCCAGGUGCGCAACCGUCCAGAUGUGCACGGCAGUAAUGGAGAAAUCAUGCUCAAAGUUGUCAACAAAGUUUCUUUCUCUGAGAUCAGCAUGCUGGCGCUCAUAGUUGGAAUUUCCUGUGGUGUAAUCCUGAUCCUGCUCGGCAUUGUUGUGGCAGUGAAGUUCUGCAGGAAGAGGCGCAUGGACAGCGACAUAGAGCUGCACCCUCGGGAGCAGGAGUGGAAGGACCCAACUGUGUGCACACCGGCAGAGGCAGCUCAUCUGACACUUGUGAGAGAGAAGAAAGAAGCUGAGAGUUCAGACGAUGAAGAGUCUGAGCCCAGCAGUGGAGAUGAUGAUGAGGAGGAGGAUGGCGAAGAGGAAGAUGAUGAUGACGAUGACGAUGACGACGACGACGAUGACGGUGGUGAUGAUUAAGAGUUGAUGAGAGUCUCAUUUACCAUUACAGCAGCAGGCUUUGUGAAAUUCAUUAAAGCUGCAGUAGAGUCACUAGGGAAAGAGUUGGCCGUUGCUUUUCAUCCACUGGUUAUUUAAACGCUAAGGUUUUGGGAUGGCAACGCUCAUCAGAUGAGUCAGACUCUUUCUCUCUUUUAUUUUGGUUUCUUUGCUUUUUAGGAAGUUGUGAGUAAAUUAACAUUUCUUAAAGCUUCCACUGCGUUUUGUGUCUGCAGUGCACUUACACAAUAAUAAUAGGUUAUUAUGCGAUGUUUGAUCGGUAACACCAGAACGUCCUGCCUACAUUGGUCUGGCAUUGGAUUCACGAUGGAGAGGUUUAAAAUAGUUUUUCAUUGCAGCUGCUUUUUUUUCUCCUUAUUUCUUUAUCUGUGUCAAAACCCUGAAGCCUACAUUGACGUCAGGAAGAUUGUUGAUGAUGAAAAUAAUUGUAAGUUGCAUCCUCAAAAUUUAAACUACAAGCAGGGAUAUGGAGAAUGCUACAGAGGUCUGGGAGGAUUGUGCUUUUUUGUUUGAUUGUUUUUUCAUAAUCCAAGAUUUGUUUUACUCCUACAAACUCUUCAAAUCCAUCCAUCGAAUUCUAUUAAUAAUCAUUUCCAUCAGCCUGUACACUGAGCGGGUAGUGCUGCCCUCUACAUUUCGAGGUUCAUAAUCACAGUUCAAAGUUGUCCUUCAUUCUUUUAUCAUCCUCGUUCCUAACAUGAGGAAAUUGUUUUUGGAUUUCAUGUUGUGUAACACUGAGUAACACUAUUUUAUUCAAAUGUAGUAGUUUUCCUCAAGGUCUUGAUGCACAUGUGGUAAUUUGACUGUUUACACGCAGCCGCUGCUGGAAAUGUAUUGUCUAGAACAGCAAGGAAAUUCAUGAAUUUGAAUGUUUUAUAAAUGAACUAUAGAUUUUUGUACAGAGCCUGUUCAAUUGAGCUUCCACGCACGCACGCACGCACUGUUUCUGCAUAUGACUCACUGCCACGUUUCUUCUGUUCAUUAAAGGCCUUAAUGCGGUGGCUGAGACAAAGCUAAAUCUUCA